CGUUAAAGGAUACUGUCUUCGAUAAAUAAGUAAAUAGAUAAGUGAGAGGGCAGUCUGCUCUCUCUUUCUACCUACUUACAUACUUACUCCAUAUUUCAUCUAGGAUACCAACUAAUUUUCCCAAUCAAGAGCCAAGCUUAAAGUGAACAAGUGCACGCAACAUGGCGAUCCUCUCCAACAUCAUUCCGUUCAUCUCAACACAUAUCGCAGAGCUAGGUUUAGUUAUCGUCAUUGUACAUUUUACGCGAAAUUAUUUCACUCCUGGGGUAGUCCGAAUUCCGGGCCCGUUUCUGGCCAAGAUAUCGAAUGUUUGGCGGUUUGUGGAUGUCGCGCGGGGAAGACCCGAGGUGACUCUUGAUCGAUUGCAUCAGGAGCAUGGGGAGUAUGUGCGGUUGGGACCGAAGGUGGUUAGUGUGGCCAACCUAGAUGCUUUGAAGACCGGAUUUUACCGUGUCCAGCAGCAGCUUGCAAAAGGCAAGUCGACUGAAACUCUGUUCACAACUCUCGAUGAGGACUUCCAUGCAAAGAUUAAACGACCAGUGUCGGCGGCAUAUUCGAUGAGUACGGUCGCAGAGUUCGAGCCGUUCGUCGAUAGCACCAUCCUGACGUUAUUUACGCGGUUGGACGAGUUUUCGGAGAAGAACAGGGCGUUUGAUAUUGCUGUAUGGUUGCAAUAUUACGCAUUCGAUGUCAUCGGCGAAAUGACGUUCGGCAAACAGCUGGGCUUCCUUGAGCAGGGCCGUGACGUGGAGGGGAUCAUCGCGUCGUUGGAGAAAACGCUCGAUUAUGUAGGAAAGAUCGGCCAGAUGCCCUGGCUAGACGAUCUCAUCCGAGGCGGCUCCACUGGUGCUGUUGCACGCUUUGCGCGCGAUCGGAUGCAUGAGCGACUGUCUCAGUCUGAGAGUAAAUCGGAUGAUUACCCCGGACGUCAAAGGGACUUUUUGACCCGCUUCCUCCAAGCCAAAACUACUCACCCCGACAUCGUUGACGAUACCCAGGUAUUUUCCUACACGGUCAGCAACGUCAACGCGGGAUCUGAUACAACUGCCAUCUCGCUCCGAGCAGUCUUAUACUACACAUUGAAACAUCCCGAAAUAUUGAGCAAGCUUCGGGAGGAGCUGCGUAGGGCGCUUCAAGCAGGGAGGAUUACCGUUCCCGUAUCGUGGAAACAAAGCCAAGAACUCCCCUAUCUCGAUGCAGUCAUCAAGGAGGCUCUCCGUCUGCACUCUGCCGUAGGACUUCUUCUGGAGAGGGUGGUCCCUGCGGAAGGCCUCCAACUGCCAAGUGGCCCCUUUCUCCCAGCCGGGACGAUUGUAGGCGUCAACCCGUGGAUAAUUCAUCGCCAUACCGUUUUUGGAAAGGAGGUAGAAAACUUCAUUCCUGAGCGUUGGCUGCGGGGUAACGGUGAAUCUGAAACGGAGUUCCAAGCGCGCAGGCAGAAUAUGCUAGGGGCGACGCUGACGUUUGGGGCUGGCCCCCGAACCUGCAUUGGGAAGAAUAUCAGUUUGUUGGAGAUAUAUAAACUGAUACCAUCGUUGCUCUUGGCAUAUGAGGUUGAAUUGACGGAGCCGGAAGCCGAAUGGGAGGUGGUCAAUGCAUGGUUCGUGCGACAAAAACACAUGAACGUGAAAGUGACACGAACGGCGCAAUAAUCAACCAGGAGUUUGGGGGUGGGACUCUUCCCUGUCGCCAGGGAUCCGAACCAGAUCCAGUUUUAAAAAUAAAUGCAAGGCAGUGAAGGCCAAGCCUAACGUCUUGACAGAAAAAAAACUUGGCAUCAUCCCUAUCGAGGCCAACUGAGGCAUUGCAAUCUCGACUGAGCCGCCCUCUGGGACUAUAUUUCCUGGUCGAGAACACGUUCGUCAUUGCCAUGACGCGCAGGAGACCCACCAGUUAAUGGCAUUAUCCCAUUCGGGACACACUAGAGACUGAGAUUUGAUUACCGAUCAGGGAUCACCAAGAGCUUCUUGACAUCCGUUGACAUCAAUAGUAUU